UGCUCAACAUAUUUUGCCUCAUAUUGAACUUUCAAAGAGACCAACAAAUAUCUCAAAUGUAUUGAGUACUCUGAAGAUCCUGAAUACCCUAAAUAUCUCAAGAAUCACAAAAAGUUCUACUAUCAAUAUAGGUUUAGAUAAACGGAUUACCAAAGAUGUGAAUAUAGAAAACUGUUUGGAUCUGUUUGACGAUGGUGAUGCUUUAUCUAAUCUGGAAGGCUAUCUUCCAAAUAAUGAUGAGAUUCUUGUCGACGAUUUUACUUUAGAAAACGAAAUGGCAAAUUCUAAUUGUAAACGAAAAGUUAAUGAGAUUAAUGAUAUAGAAAAUGAAGAUAUAGAUAUGCAAAAGAGGAAUU